UCCUUGAAAUGAACCGAUUCAAACGAUUAUUUAAUAAUAAAAUUUCCACAAUUGGAAUGAUUCAUUUACGAGCUCUACCAGGUACUCCCAAAUACGAUGGUUCGUUACAAAAAAUCAUUGAUACGGCUUUAAAAGAAACCGAAAUUUACCUCAAACACAACAUUGAUGGCCUCCUAAUUGAAAACAUGCAUGAUAUCCCUUAUGUACAAUCAAAACGAUUCAAACCUGAAACUGUGGCUGUAAUGACUAGAAUAACAACGGAAAUUAAAAAGAUUAUUGGUCAAAAUAUGCCUUGUGGAAUACAAGUUUUAGCUUGUGGUAAUAAAGAAGCAUUAGCGAUUGCUAAAGCGUGCCAUUUAAACUUUGUACGUGUGGAAGGAUUCGUUUUUUCUCACGUAGCUGAUGAAGGUUUUACUGAUGCGUGUGCUGGGGACAUAUUAAGAUAUCGAAAGGAAAUUGAUGCAGAAAACGUGUUAAUUUUUAGUGAUAUUAAAAAGAAACAUAGCUCACAUUCAAUAACUUCUGAUGUUUCAUUAAUUGAAACAGCGAAAGCAGCUGAAUUCUUCCUAUCAGACGGUGUAAUUUUAACUGGAACAUCAACAGGAGCCCCCGCGGAUAGAAUAGAAUUAGAUCACCUCAAAGAUAAUUUAAAAAUCCCCGUUUUAAUUGGGUCUGGAAUUACAGAUGCGAAUUUUCAUGAAUAUAAAAGAGCUGAUGGGGUAAUUGUUGGUUCAUAUUAUAAAAAGGAUGGAUUAUGGUUCAAUGAAAUUGAUGAGGAACGAUUAAAAAGGUUUUGUUUGGGUUUAUAAAGGAUGUUUUAUAACCAUAAAAGAAAGUUCUACAAAAACCGUUUUUUAUUAGAAGACUGAUGAAUGUAUAAAAUGACAAUGAUGAUUUUUGUGCAUAAUAUAUACACAUUGCAUCCA